AUGCCCUCGUAUCAGAUCAGGCCACUGAUUGAUCCAUCAGUCUUAAGCCAGGAUCCUACACAGGUAAUACAAUUCAUCACUUUAGAAACGAGUCAGAAAGUGGGUCGAGUUAACUUUCACAAAGACUUCUAGGAUUGUUAUUAAAAACAGCAGAGGAAAGAUUGGCCAAUAGCUUUCGCAAAGACUUUCGGGAUUGUUACUAGGGACAGAGAAGAAGAUUGGCCAAUAGCUGACCGGCGCGACCCCAGUAACAAUCCCAGAAACAAUCGCGGGUCAAAUUUGUUCUCCAAUAAAAUUCCCUUCUCGUUUCUAAAAAGGCGAAUAACACAACUGAACACUGCUCUCUUUUCCUGAGUCGAAGGAGAGAGACUUUCGUGUGCAUUUUAUCCGCGUUUCCGAAGAAAAAUUUCCACGACUUUCGAACAAUGCCGAACAUAUUCCGGUCAUUUCUGGAGGUUGCUGAAUGAGGCUGUGUCCAGUCCCUCACACCGAUCGCGAAACUCGACAUUUCGUACCACUGACUGGAACGUUAUGGGUGGAGACUAAAUAAAAGUUUUUCACUUUAAUGGUUAAUGACAGGUCGUUCGGAAUUGUGAGACAGGAAUUGAUGUUUUCCAUCCUUCAUGAUUGUGCAGUGAACUAGUGAUAUUGGUGGCCGGCGGGUUUGUCGAGGAUUAUUCUUUCCUGUUCAAUUAAUCAGCCCUAAGAUUAUACCCCCGGUGGGGGAGGGCGGGGGAGCUACUCAACAACGUUUUAUAUGGUAAGGCAUCACCCAAUGACCUAACUCCUAACACAUUUAUCGUUGAAGGAGCUCGUCGUGUUUGUUUAGGGUUGGAGCCUCCCCAUAAAAAUUUCAAUGUCACUCAAUUCUUUGCAAAAUCCAUUUAGUAACCAAAAGUCUUACAGCAAGUCGAAUUUUCUUGAGUACCAGGCGUCCCUCGCGCCUUCUACUCUCUCGGCCUUGACUUGUGGCAAGUCUAGGACUUCAAUAACACAAUGCACCUUGUUUAUUACUAUUGUUUUAGGUUGAAAAGUAUGCCAAUGAUAGCCUAAACUGGCAUGAGGGAAUGAAAGUGAGAUGGGUGGGAGCUAUAUUAGACGCAAUGAAUGAAAUCCAGGGGAACUUGUCAAGGCUUACAACACCUUAUCUACUUGUCCAUGGUGAUGGAAAUCAAUUACUGAAGAUUGACAGUUCACAUUUCUUACAUGAGAAUUCUCCCAGUAACGACAAGACAUUUAAGGUACACGAAUGAGCUGCUUUGCUGACAGCACUGAGCGAACUAAUAGCUUCUCUGUUGGUACUUUCGACGAGUAGUUAGGGUGCUUGACGGUUUAUCAUGAGGGCAGAGAGAGGCGGUCUUAAAACGGCGUUUGUUCAUGUGGCGAUAUUGCCCUGCCCGGGGUAGGAGUUGCGGCCGCCUUGUUCUAAGCGUAAUCAUUGUGAACUUAUCCCAACAACACUUGUGAUUUGUCUUCACCCUUUUAGCCCCAGGAGUGACAAAUAUAAAUUUUCUCCAAUCAAUAUCAACACAUUUUCAAAAGGAAAAGGUUAUGAGAAUUUAUAAAAUAAUCACCAAAGAGGAAAUGCUUUCAUCUUUCAAUUUUCGUCUCCAAACGGGAGUCUAAAGAAUGAUAUGUUGUUUUCCCUCUUCGGCCAAUUUUCCUUCCCGUUGUCAUUUUUAAAUCUACUUAUUAUUUCAUUAUUAACUCAACUGCUUGUAAAACUUGCUUUGUAGGUGGACAAAAAUGGACGCCAUGAACUUUUGAAUGAGGUGGAAGAAACUGCGGGCGUGGUUUACAAGGACAUUCUAGACUUGAUCCAGCAAAAGCUACCCUGA